AUGUCAGAGGAGAGCUCACAAUGGGAUGUUGAUAACAGAAAAAUGAAAAGGAAGGUCCAAGAAGAACCCAUGAGCAUACCUGAAGAAACAGACCUCUCGCUUGAUCUUAGGCUUUCCAGCAAUGAAGUUGAUGUUGAUGAACCCAAGCUAGAGCUUAAUUUGUUGGGUUUUCUUGAUCAUGGUAGUGGAAAGGGUUUGGAAUCAGGAGAUCGAAACAAGAAGACAGAAGGGAAAAGAUUCUUCCAUUGUAAAUACUGCAACAAGAAGUUCACCAAUUCUCAAGCACUUGGUGGGCAUCAAAAUGCUCACAAACGCGAAAGAUCAUUGCAGAAAAGAGAGAAAGGACUAGAUUUAGUUCCUUACAGAUUCAUGGGUGCUUCCUUGUAUCCAUUUGCAGGCACAGGAGGAUCUGAAUUCCCUAAUCAUGGCAUUAGCAUGUUCCCUAAACCACCUUAUAGAUUCUCCCUCCACCAUGGGGGACCUGGAUUUGCCUACGAAGGUUGGUCCAGGCCUCCUGCCAUGAACCCGCAGGCAUCCAUGCAGGACAACCGUUGGGCUGCUAAUGGUGCAUUUCCACCUCUGGAGCUCAUGGGAAUGAAUCGUAGGCCUCCAUUAGGUAGCAGAGUUGAGAGUUCUUCACUUGCUAAUCUGAAUGUUGGUGGUGGUGGUGGUCAUCUUGAUCAUGAUCUUUCAUGA